UUACGUCCGUCCAUACAUCGAUUUGGAACGGGAAGAUUUUUGCAGAGCGGUCAAACGACGAGAGAAGGUGUUUUUAUUUCGACCGGCUGAAGGACCAACCCCGCAGAGAGCCAGUAGAGUGGAGUCUCUCCCUGGGCACGUGGCGUGUGAUGGAGGCAGUGAGGGAGGGGCCUAAGAGCACCCUGAGCUCUGGUAAAGUUGUGGCUCUGGCAGCGGGGCUGUCUGUAGGAGCGACGGUGGGAUACAUCGUCUACCGACAAAUCAAAAGCACCAGCCCUCCGCUGGCUAACACCGAAGAGUCCAGGAUGUCAGUACCUCUGGAGGUUUACAGGAACAUUACCAAGUACCAAGCCUCCUUCCUGGACCUGUUGAUGCAGAAGUCCGGUGCCCGCGUGAGGGUGCUCUCUGAGUCUUCGCAGGCAGGGGAGGGGGAGCAAAGUUCCCAGAAUUCAGUGUGUUUCCUGCUGCAGGGCUCACCUCAGCAGGUGCUGCUGGCCAGGUGUGCCCUGGAGAACCUGGCCACAGACUGCGAGACCACCACUGAAGUCAUGGAGGUGCCCCAGACCGCCUUCGGACGCAUCAUAGGUCGUGGAGGGGAGUCUCUGAAGCUCAUCACCAGGACAACGGGAGCAAGAGUCCUAUGUCCCAGGGAGAGGGGGCGGGGUCUAGAGAAGGGCAAGGUGUCCGUCACAGGGACAAGGCUGGAGGUCAGACAGGCCAAGGAGCUCAUCCUAGAGAAGGUAUUUGAGGAUGAGGCUGUAAGGAGGAGGAUUACCCAGUCCUCAGCACAGCGCCAGAAACGAAGACCCUUUGAGCCCCAGGGUCAAAGGUCAGAGGAACUGAAGCUGGAGGAGGCUCCACGAUCUCUCUGGAUGGAGGAAGGGGGGCUCGUCCAGGCUAACGGUGUCCAGACCGCAGUGGGAGCCCUUUCCCAGGCUAGAGGAGAGGCGGUACAGCUGGCUACAGAGGCACGAGAGGAGGAUGAUCUUCUGUCGCCUGACUCCCUAUCAGAUGUUUCUAAAUUUGAAAUCCCCAGUCCAGACCUGAGCUUCCAGCCAGAUGAACACCUGGAGGUGUAUGUGUCAGCGUCAGAGAACCCCCACCACUUCUGGAUCCAGAUCCUGGGGGUCCGCUCCCUCCAGCUAGACAAACUUACUGCUGAGAUGAGCCGCUUCUACAGCAACGGCACCCUGCAGGAGCAGCGAGUGGAGACCAUCGUGGUGGGGGACAUCGUGGCAGCUCCGUACCGGGACUACGGCACCUGGAACAGGGCGAGGGUCCUGGGGAUGAUGGGCUCUGGCCUGGUGGACCUCUACUAUGUCGACUUUGGCGACAAUGGAGAACUACCCAGGGAUAGUCUCCGGAGUAUGAGAAGUGACUUUCUCAGCCUACCAUUCCAGGCCAUCGAGUGCAGCUUAGCUGGAGUCGACCCGGCAGGUGAGGUGUGGAGCGACCAAGCCCUGGACGACUUUGAGCGCCUGACGUAUGUUGCCGAAUGGAGACCCCUGCUGGCCAAACUUUGCAGCUACACCCACUCUGAGGUCUCCUCUUGGCCAAGUGUACAACUCUACGACAACACAGAGGGCAAGGCUGUAGAUCUAGGAGAGGAGAUGGUGAGUCUGGGCCAUGCUGUACCUAGCCAGGAUAAUGGGAACGGGGGUGGCGACAGGGACGACCCUGGAACACUACAGAGGAUGCUGGAUGAUGUGACUGGAGCCACGUCGGAGCUAAGCCUGUCCUGCAUCAGCUUAUCAGAAGUUGCCUCAAUCUCAGGAAGCGUUGAUGAUGUUCUAGACGACGAGUUCGUCUGAGACCAAAGACAGACAUGUCAAGUUCCGUAUACCCUUCCCUGGUUUUUGUAGUGUGUAAUGUUUUUGUAAUAUAUGCACUGAUGUAAUUGAUCUAUUUUAAUGAUGAAUGGAUACAAAUUGAAAACGCUAUACUUUUUGUUAACAUGUCUUUAUUAGUAUUGGAAGAGUGCAAGACACAUCCCACUACACAAACAUUGGUGUUUAUUUUUCCUCUCACCUUAGCUUUCUUUCAGCACUGACCAUCCACUCUGCAUCAACUCCAUGUUAUGAAGUGGACACCUUCCCUCACCCCCAUGCCACCAACCCCCUCGCCCUCUUCGAGAAGCCUUACUUGACUAAUGCUGAAUCCCAAAUGGACCAUUAGCCCCAUACUCCUUGGCAUUUUCUGUUUAUCUGAAACAAUUGGAUGAUAACAAUUUUUGCAAAACCUCAGCGGGCAAGUUGAACCACUUACCAUGUGGCCUGAACCUAUCCGAUCACUACUGAUCUGCAGGAAUGGUUAGAGGUCGAUUUGGAAUGCAGACUGUGCAGCAGUUCUCCCAGCCAAUUUCAUUGAACUGUUGUAUUUCCCGAAUACGGGUUGAUUUUGGUUAUUGCCUUAUGCCUUUCAUGCAGUUAUGCCUUGUGCUGCUAUGUGUUUAUUGUUGAAGUUGCCGAAGAGAUGGAGAAAAAUAAGUUGAAUGCCAGUAUUGUUUAAGAUAACACGCUGAUAUGAGCCAUUCGAGCCCUAUAUUAGGUGAUUGUGGCUGUUAGAACAAAAUCAAUCUGUAAAUUAAAAUGUAAGCCUCUGUAGUAUUGUGCUUCAGUUUUAUGUUGUGAGAAUAAAGAUAUAAUACA